AUAUGCUCUACGGAGUACGGAGUAAUUCUCACUGUUUCCACACCCUGAUCCUCAUAAUGCUCGACACUAACCCCGUCCUCACCAGGUUGAACACAACAACCGACGAAGAGUCAAGACUCAAAUUCUUCUGUCGUUACACGUGGACAUCUUUCGUUAUCUGUAGUAGGAGUCUUCAAGCUCGAAUCUCUUGAUUGCUUCGCUGGCGUUACCAGCCGUUACCAGCAUUGAGUACGAUGUAUGCCCUCACAUGACGAGAAUAGGAUUUCAAGAAUCAACACGUAACGGUACUGCACUGUACAAAUAUCGCACUUUCCAAGGCACCUGCUGUCGGGCCUUCGUGCCAGUACCAGGCAUUUGCGUUCGGCCGCGUGUGGCAGUUAGAGUCUAAGAGAUGAAGUUCGGAGACUGUUAUGGCAGGAAAUAAGCGAAAAGCAUCAGUCGAUGCGGCUGAGAUGGACAUCGGGCCCGGAACCGAUCUUCGAACCACACCAUCAGCCAUCGGCCGACCCAACCCCGGCAGACCGAAUCCUGGUCGGCCCCAUCCUCCGCCGGCCGGGGUGACCGCCGACGGCUACUUCCGCCGGCUUUACGAGACGGAGCCAGACUUCAAGCAGCUUGCGAAGCACGACAGUCGUCUUGCUGCACUGCUUCACAACGAUGGACAGCUCGACUUCAGCAACCCGGCUGCUACCAUGCAGCUGACCAAGACAUUGUUGGAGCUUGACUUUGGCUUGACGUUGGAGCUGCCAGACGACAGACUUUGCCCCCCGGUUCCCAACCGGCAUAAUUACAUCCUGUGGCUGAAGGAUCUGAUGGACACGACGUCGUAUGAGCCACCCGGCCGGAAGCUGUGCGGGCUCGACGUCGGCACUGGCGCAAGCUGUAUCUACCCGCUUUUAGGGGCUGCCCAGAGGCCCUGGAAUUUUGUGGCAACAGACAUUGACACCAGGAAUCUGAGCUAUGCAAAGACCAACAUCAAGCUGAACGGCCUGGAAGAACGUAUCCGGCUGCUGGAACGGAAGCCAGAGGACCCGCUGGUGCCUCUAGACGAGGCUAGUAUCCAAUGCAUCGAUUUCGUCAUGAUGAACCCGCCAUUCUACACCUCGGAAGACGACAUGCUCUCGUCAGCACAGAAGAAGGCCCGGCCUCCGCUUUCAGCCUGCACCGGUGCCCCAGUGGAAAUGGUUUGUGAGGGUGGAGAGGUCGCCCAUGUUGGCCGGCUGAUAGGGGAGUCACUUGUGUUGCGGGACCGGAUCCAGUGGUACACGUCGAUGCUCGGGAAGCUCACCAGCCUCGAGGCACUCAUCGGGCAGCUACGCGAGAAGGGUAUCGACAAUUAUGCUGUUACCGAGUUUGUCCAGGGCAGCAAGACGCGGCGGUGGGCUUUGGGAUGGAGUUUCGGGCCCAUGCGGCCGGCCGAGCACGUGGCGCGAGGGAUGAAGGCGAGUAUCUGGAGGAAGAUUUUGCCACUGCCUGUGACGAUGCAGCUGCUGAUGAUACCGGCUGAAAAGCCAAUCAAUCCCGUGAUAUCCCGAAUCAGAGAUAUCGUGGGAUCUCUAGAGCUUAUGUCCUGGACCUGGCACCCGGAAACCUCAAGCGGCCUGGGGAGGACGGGGGAGAACGUAUGGAGCAGGGCUUGGAGGAGAAGAAAGCUCCGAGAACAAGACGGGGAAGGACCGAAUAGGGGUUGCACCACUCCAGCAGCGGAAGCGGAGGAAUGCCGACUUGGGUUCGAAAUAACAGUCGCGGUCGGCAAGUCAGAGGCAGCGGUCAGCUUGCGUUGGCGAGAGGGCCACGAUCCGCUUAUCUUUGAGAGCUUGGGUGGUUUCCUACAAAGAAAACUGAAAGACUUCCUAUCGGACGAAUGAUUCAAGCAUUGAGGAAUUCUGUUAUCACUCAUAAAGAUAAAUGACGGAAAUAUCCAACUGCUGGUCAUGACUGAGGACUCCGGUGUUUGGUAGCGUAAUAAUGUAGUACAAGCCUGUUAGAACCUCGCAUACUAGC